GAACUGCAAAGUAAAACUCACACCUGAUAACAGUUGUAUUAGUCUUGCUGGAUGAAUGUGUAAUACCGGUACGGUCGAACGCACCAAAGUUUCGUUUUCGCUUGCAGCCGACCGCACCCGAUCGCACCCGAUCGCACGACCCACAAGAUUUUGUACGUUUCGAAGUUGAGGUAAACAUUCUCUCUUCAUAGAUACAUGUACCGGUAUUUGGGGUAUCCAGAGUACAAUUCUUUCGGCCAAAUCUGUCGAUGAGAACCACGUGCUUUCGGUUCGACGGCUCGACGGACUGAUCGGCACUCCCAUCAUCGUUUCCCCCUCAUAUUUCGCACAAAUACCGUUGUGGAAUUGGCUCUGGUUGAGGCUCUGUUGGCAUUGGUUGGUGAGGCACCUUUUCUGUAUCGAAACACAACACAAUGAUGAUCGUCAAAGCUACCAUAGUGCCAUUCUUUCUGCUUCUAUGGGCCUCCUCCUGCAGAGCAAGUGCGGAUAUUGAAGAAUUCUUCACGGAUCUAGAGGAUAUACCCAACCCUUCUUGGUUUUCUCUCAAGGAAACUUUGGUCGUUGGAGAAAACUCGUAUGGGCCGGCGUAUGGAUCUACUAUCCAAGUAAAUCACGAUGCGGUUCAGGUUGGCAGGUACGCUCAUCGCGAGAUCAGUCGACCCACUGCCCUUCACAGUGUCACCAAUAGCCACGUGAGCCCGAAAGAUUGGGAUCAGAUGUCACGCUGGUACCAAGAAGACGGCAAUACGCAGGUCUUUCGUCUUUUCCCUGGCGACGAUACCAUCCGCAAUUCCCGAGUCAAUGCUCCACGGUCUGAAGCUUAUGGACUCGUUGGGUGGCUGCGAGGGGAUGGUUGGUUUGAAUGGAGCGGACGUUACACCUUCUUGAAAGUCCGCCCCGGUGCUGUGCUUCAGAUUAAACACAACAGCACUUACUGGAGUUUACAGCUGAUCCUCGAAGAAAACGCCGAUGGGACGUUUGAUCUCAAGUACGUCAAGCUGCGGAACAUAAGCGCAAAGACGCUUCUGAUGCAAGAUGUGGUUGGAAAAGGAGUUGAUAUCAGAGUCCUUGAUGAUGGAGAAAACCACAAGGUUUAUGUGAAUGGAGAACUUAAGGUCACAAACAAGAUGACUGAUCGGCCAGAAGGUGAGGACAACAGAGCCCGCUGGGGUCUGUACAGUCCAAAAAGCGCAAUGGAUCGAGACAUUCUGAUGUUUGUGACGGGAGCCUAUGUAGGGCCAGCGCUUGAAGAAAGUGAUGACUGGACGGAUCCAGAGACAGACUCCCCCAAGAAUAUUUGGGGCUUCUGGGGUGGGUUCUUCGACUGGUUAGUUCCUGACAAAGUCAAGGCCUGGUUUUCCAAUAGACCCGGAUUUGACAGCUAUAAGGAGGGAAGCGCUGAUUUGUUGGCCUUGAUUGAAAAGCUCGACGCCGAACCAGACCCGUCGUUCUACGACAAAUAUUACAGCAACCCCGACAAUGAAGGAUACGGAUAUCUUUAGAGAGUAGCAAGGAAUUCCCCUGUGCGAACGAUACCACAGGAUUUAGAUUAGAGUUUUUUAUAAGAUCAAAUAAUGACAUUUUCUACAGGUC